CUGAAAUGUUGAUGCCGUAACUUUAAAUUAAGUAUUUAGUAUUUUUAUGUGUUUAAUUUAAAUGUAAUGUCAAAUUAAAACCAUUAUAUCUGAAUAUAAUUUAAACAACCUUUAGUAAAAUGAAGAAAUUUAUUUUUUGUUUAAUUCAAUUAUUUACAUUAUUUGGCUAUUUUCAACAAGGACUGAGUUAUUUUUUGACUGUUGAUGCUCACGCUGAAGAAUGUUUUUUCGACAAAGUUGAGAUUGGCUCUAAAUUGGGUAUAUUAUAUACUGAUAUGAAUAAAUAAUUUGAUUUGCAUACAUUUGUAUUUUAAUGUUUUUUUUUUACAAUUCAGGUUUGAUGUAUGAAAUUUCUGAAGGUGGAUUCUUGGAUAUUGAUGUAAAAAUUCUUGAUCCUGAUGGUGAAUUAAUAUAUGAAGGAUUGAGGGAAUCUAGUGGAAAAUAUACAUUUGCCGCAGAUAAAAAAGGCGCAUACACAUACUGUUUCAGUAACCAAAUGUCAACUAUGACACCUAAAGUAGUACUAUUCAGUAUGGAAGUGGUUGAACCACAGAAAGCAGAUAAUGAUAAAGAUACUCAAAGUAAAUAUGUUACCAUAACAAUAAAUAUUAGGUAGUUAUUUAAUAUUUUAUCCACUUAAUUUGCUUAUCAAUUGAUAAAUAUUUAUAGUCUGAACACAUCUCAUGUAACAGCAUAAUUAUAGUUUUUUUUUUUCAAACUGUGCUUUUGGGUAUACAAUUAGAAAGUAAAAAAAAGUUUGAUAAACUUCGUUUGAAAGUUAUCAAUGAAAACCAGUAAAAGUUUGUUUUUUUUUUUUUUGAUAUUUACUUCAGGUGGUUUUAUAGAACAAAUUGAGAUGUAUUUUCGUUUAAAAAAAAAUGUAUAGCUAUUUUUCAAAUAAUUUGGAUUAAUUUCGAAAAUGAUUUUUUUAGUUAUUUAUUUAAGUUAAAUGCUGGAAAGGCUCUAGUACAAAUUAUAUAAUUAUUUAUGUACUACAAAGCAUAACAAUUUAAUUUAAACCAAUAGUGUACAAAUAGAAGAAACAAAUAUAAAUAUAAUAGGUACAAUACAAAAUGAUACUUAGCUAAAAUCAGUUAGAAUAGUUGGGGUAUUAUUAGGUGGUUAAAAACAACUUAUAGAGUGAUAACAAUGAUUAAUAUCAAACAAGUCAAAAUUGUCUAGCUUAUAUUCAUGAGACUAUGCAAGCCAUUAGAUGCUUAAAACUAUAAGAGAUACAAUGUAUUUAAAUUGAGAAUCUUGGAUCUGAACAAGAAUGGUAUUGAGGAGGGAUAUGAACAUUUAAUAAUAAUUGCAGUAACUUAGGGCAAAAUAUUAAACCAUUUACAGGUUAUGGUACAAACCAUACAUCAAAAUAUCUAUGUCUAAAUACAAGAGUCUAAAUUAAGCAUGAUUUAGAUAGUUGUUAAAAGGGUACUUAAUGAUGAUUUAAGAUCAAAAUUUAAUCGCCUUUUACAGUUAAUGAGAUGUAAAAACGUUUUUAGAUAUGUUCUAGUGAUUUGAUAAGACCAUUUUGCGAGGGAUUAUAUGACCAAACUCUAAAAUAAGUCUGAUCAGUGUAACUUACAAUGUUUUGAGCACCUUUCAUUUUUGAAUUCCUUGGUAUUUUUAGUCGAGAAAAAAAAGAUUCUUACAGUUUUCAAGUAUGCUUGAUCAAUGUGGUCAGAAAAUGAGACACAUUUUUCAAGAUUACUUGCACUAACUUUAAAAGUAAUUUCAUUAGAUAAGAUUUGAUUUUAUCUAUUGAUUAAGCAUUAAAAACCACACAUCUUAAAAAAAGAACAUUUUUAAUUCUAAGUAUUCGUUUUUGUAAAAUUUCUCUCCAAUAGUUUCCAAAUAAGUUCAUUAAACCUUUAUUUAUUAUUGUUAUUUUUUUUUUUUUUUAUACAUUCUUAUUUUACAUGUGAAAACACACAUUCUAAAAAAAAUAAUAGGUUACUAAAUUUGAAUUGUGACUAAAAUAUACACUUUAAAGCUUUAAAUGGUAAAAUAUUUAAAACCCAUUCGAGAAUAUAAAAUAGUAUAAUUUAAUUAGGUACUAGGUAUCUAAUUAGUUUACGACUACAAAAAUGAUAUAAAAUACAAAUCGUAUAUGAUCUCAUUUAGAUGAAACACGCAUUAUAUUGUACAAUUCUUGUAUUAAAAAAAAAUAAAAAAAAAAAUAAAAAUUAAAACUCAAACCAAAAUUUAAAAAUUAUUCUAUUUUAAUAGCUGUCAAAUAAUAAUAAUAAUAAUAAAAAAAAAAAAAAAAGAUAAAAUACUGAAUAUAUCUAAAUGAAUGGUUAUUAAACUGUUGAAUGUGUACCACUGGUGGUAUAGGGUAGGUAACACAGUGUAGAUGGGAAAAUAAUUAAUAUAAUAACCCUACAAAUAUUUUUAAUAAAUCAAGUACUAUUUAAUAUUUUGUUUAAAAAUGUGUAAAUAAUUAUAGCAUUGUUGUAUUUUAGUAUCUUAUACUCUUCUCUGUUUAGAAUAAAUAUAUAAACAUUUUGAAAAUGUCUAUUUUAGUCAUAAGUGGUAAGUGAAAUAAAAAGUUUGAGAUCAUCUAAUCUAGAUUAUUUGAUUGUGUGUGUGGUAUUAAAUUAAAAUAAGGACUACUGAUUCAAUUAUUGCACAUAUACCUGCCAUAAAACAAAUUUGAUGAUUGUUUUAACAUUUUGUUAUCCUAUGGUAUUGUAUUUGUUAUAAUAAUUAUUCUUCAUCACAUAAGUUUGUAUUUGUUAGAUCUUAAAAAAAUGUUGUUAAUGGUUUAUGCAUCGUCAUGAAGAUUGUUAUAAAUUUUCUUUUUAAUUGACAGUUGAUCUUCAAACACUAAUACAUAUUAUAUUUAUUCAUUACUAAUUCUUCAAUACCAUUCCGAUAAUCAAUAUUUUAGUUUCACUUUUUAGUGUUUUAAAAAUCUAAAAUAAGGGAAUUUUAUAUAUCUGAGAAAUACUAGUAUUAUUUGUUUUGGAUAGAGAUAUUUAAUUUAUCGCAAUGUUUUUAUGUAUGUACACACAUGUGGCCGCUCCGACCUGUUCAUUACUUUUAGAUGCAAUCCCUCAUGGACAGAGAUUAAGACCUCAUGCCUGACCUGGUCUGAUGGCUACUGAUCGAAAUGAUUUCAAGUUUUUAAAAUGAUAGUAAAGAAGUCGGUUGCUCUGCUUACAUAAAGACAAAUCUUUGAAACUCAAUGCUUCAUGUACUCUAUUGAGUAGUUGUUACAAAACUUUCUACUGGGAAGAUAUAUGACACAACUAGUACAUUAUAAUAUGUAUAUCAAAUUAAUUAAACUGUAAAAGACGAAAUUUAUUUUAAAAAAAGUAGUUUAUUAUUGUUUUUGCUAUAUGGUCAUCCAAAUGAUGAAACAAGUUCUGUUGUUUUAAACUUAAAGUUUAUAUAUAAGUUCUAUGAAAUAUUAUGCAUGAUGUAUAAUUGUGUAAUUACACACAUUUUUUGAAAUCAAUACAAAAUAAUUGUGUCCAUUUCAUGAAACAGAUAAUAAUGUAAUAUGGAUACAACAUAUAAAAAUUAUUUUUUAUAAACUACAUUUUUAUUAGAACAAUAUAAUAAAAAAAAAAAAAUUAAAAUAAUUUCUUUUAUUUUUACAGUUGGUGAAGGUAGUGACCAUAAAAAAUUAGAAUCUAUGCUUCGAAAUUUGGGUUCAGCACUUACAAGUGUCAAGCAUGAACAAGAAUACAUGAACGUGCGCGACAGAAAUCACAGAGCUAUUAAUGAAUCAACAAAUAGACGUGUUGUGAUGUGGUCAUUCUUUGAAGCCGUUGUUUUACUUACAAUGACUAUAGGGCAGGUAUAUUAUCUAAAAAGAUUUUUUGAAGUCAGAAGAGUUGUAUAAUAUUUAGUAUAUAAUAAUAUAUAAUAAUUUUUUUAUUUAUCUUGUCUGUAUAUUUCUUAUUAAAAAUUGUUUUUUUUGUUUUGUGUAAACUAACUAAAUUAAAUUAAAUGCACAUGUAUUUUAAGACCAUUUUGAAUUCAGUUUUUUUUAUUGCUUACCUUGAACUAAAAAUA